GGGGACCUGCAGCCUCCCUGAGCACGUCCCCUGGGGGCCUCGCACGCGGAGCUGGUGCACUUGUGGGAAUGCUGCACAACCCACAGCGUGGAGGCGCAGCCCUGUGGGUGCUGGCACGGUCGCUAUGGCCAUGAGCACAGCACCUGGGGACAGUGAUACACCCCUGGGAGCCUGGCACACACACCUGCGUCUCAUGAGGCACCCUGGCACGCACCUUGGGGACAAUGGCACAUACCCCCUUGGGACAAUGACAUACCCCCAGGGAAUCUGACGCGGUGCCAGGCAUGCUGACACACCCCUUGGAGAUGCUGGCACUUCCCCAGGAACCCAACCGCAGGCCCUGGUUGCACUGGACACUGGUGGGGCACCCAGCACAUUGCACCAGCGUCACCCAAGGGACCUGCAGCUGGCCGCCACGGGUGCCAAGGUCACGUCCCCACGUCCCCACACGCCACCCUGAAGCCCCGGCACCCACCACCACCCACACCUGCACCGUGGUGUCACCGUGUCACCAGGCCACCAGUGGCCCUGAGGCCAGUGUAAUGGCUGCUAAUGAGGCCUCAUUACGGCCAGCCAGGGGAGACGGGCGGGUGGCUAAAGAUUAACCUCGGCAGAUGGCGAUGGCUCAGCUCCGAGGUCGGCGGGGCUGCACUAUAUAUAGCUGCCCCUGCAGAGGUUGCGGCUGGGGGCACGAGUUGGGGAGACACAGGAAGGCUGCGGUAAAGAGGGAUGCUGCCCGCCCGGCACUGCCACUGUGCACUCCACCCAGGAAGGAGAUGGGGCUUCUCCAGGAGCUGCUGCGUGACCGGACUGCAGGGCGUCGGGCGCCCUCCUGUCCCAUCGAGGGGACCUGGAGCCCUCCCGGCCCUGUCGGCUGCUGGGGAGGACUGCGGGUGCCCGAGGCUGGGCGAAGCCGCAGCCCCGUGACGCAGCAGGCGGCCCUGGCAGCCCCCGCAAGGGGAACUUCCCGCAGCCAUGCGGGCGCGCACAUGCCGGGCACUUUCCGCCACCUGCCCGCCCUCGAGGAGCUCGACCUGGGUGACAACCCGCACCUCCGCGUCCUGGCGCCCGACACCUUCCACGGCCUCCGGCGCCUCCAGGCCCUGCACCUCUACCGGUGCCAGCUGGCCAGCCUGCCCAGCGCCAUCUUCCGUGGCCUCCACAGCCUCCAGUACCUCUACCUGCAGGAGAACGGGCUGCUCUACCUCCAGGACGAUCUCUUUGCCGAUUUGGCCAACCUGAGCCACCUCUUCCUGCAUGGCAACCGGCUGCGAGCUCUGUCCGAGGGCGUUUUCCGCGGGCUGCCCAGCCUGGAUCGCCUGCUGCUGCACGCCAACCGCCUGGCCACCGUGCACCGCCGCGCCUUCCGCGGCCUGGCCCGCCUCACCAUCCUCUACCUGUUCAACAACAGCCUGGCGGCGCUGCCCGGGGACCCGCUGGCCGCGCUGCCCGCCCUGCAGUUCCUCCGCCUCAACGCCAACCCCUGGGCCUGCGACUGCCGUGCGCGCCCGCUCUGGGCCUGGUUCCGCCGCACUCGCGUCUCCAGCUCGCCCGUGCCCUGCGCCAGCCCCCCGCACCGCCGCGGCACCGACCUGCGGCACCUGCGGCCCCGUGACUUCGACGGCUGCCCCGAGGAGGACGAGGAGGAGGACGAAGGCAAAGAUGAGGAUGACGGCGACGGAGGUGGCGGCGGCGGGGCGGUGGCCGUGGUGGGCACUCCCGGGCGGGCGCUAGGCCGCCCCGGCACCCUGCCUGCCGCGCCGCCUUCCGCCUUCUACCGCGACGGGCUGCCGCCCCACGACCUGCGGGGCUCCCAGCCCCGGCCGCCCCCUCCGUCCCGUGACUCCCGCGGCCCCCCCGGGGACGCCCCCGUGGCUGCGGCCCCCCGCCCGGCUCCCGCCCUCCUGCCCCUGCUGGGCCUGCUCCUGCCCCGUCUCUGAGCCCGACCGGGGGGGCCUCCGGACCCCUCUCGGGUCCUCCCGAGGCGUUCGGGGCAGGAGGCGUCCCCAGGACUCUGCUCCCACCCGUCCCGAGUGAAAAGAACCCACGCAGGCACCGCGCGGUUGGGAAUUCUUUAUUAAAAAUGGUCUUAUUUUGGGA